ACAGCUUCAAGCGCAUUCUCUCUCAGUGUAAUUCUGGUUAACACACGUCUAUGACACAGUCCUGAUAUCCAUGGUGUCAUUGUGUCAGAAACACAUUUAGAAGUGUGUAACCCUGUUAUCACUUCUAAGUCCAUGGCGCCUUUCGACAAAACAGCAAGACGGUAUCUACGUGUCACCUAGGAGCUAUAUCGAAAGAAUGAUUAUUAGUAAACAAUUCUUUUAAACACUAUUUUUAGAAUGAAGAACGCAAUAUCCCUCUUUAAGCGAAUCUUGUGACUUGCCUUGCCAUUUAAAAGGCGUUUUUCACGGGAAAGGCAGAUGAGUAAUACCUUCUGGGAAAAUACCAAUAUAUUCUGACCUGCUUGAAAAAGGUAUAAAAUCCUCUCGUGGCAUUCACUCUUUUCGUGCCUCUUUCAUUCUCCAAUAUAUCAGCAAUGAAACCAUUUAAUUGGGCUGACAUUUCCAACAACCCGCGGUUUGAAGUACGGGAUGAAUUUUCCGACGUCGCUUUUGUUGUCGAGGACCAGAGGCUGUAUGUUAGCAAAACUGUGAUGAUGAUGCAUUCCCCAGUGUUCAAGACAAUGUUUACAGCCGACUUGGGAGAAAAAAACCUGCAGGAGAUCCCUCUUCCACAAAAGAGAUAUGAAGUUGUAAACUUUCUUGAGCAACUCUACCCUGGAAAAGGUUUCGAGUUAAUCAGAGAUGGAACCCUUGAAGACCUUCUUCAAAUGGCAGAAGAGUACCAAGCAGAGCAGGUCUUUAUAAACUGCGAACAGUUCAUCGCCAAGAAGCUAGAUAGGCAAAGACUUGAAUUUGUUCUUUCAGAUGAAGAGCGGAGAUGAGCUAUUUCCUGUAAAGGAUACUGACAGCUGUUUGUUAUAUCUAAAACUCGCUGAACGGUACCAACAGCUAAGUUCAUUAAGAGAAAAUCUUAUUGCAGCAGCAAGUGAGAUCAAAGUGAAAGAGUUGCGGAGGAGCGUACAGUUCUCAGCCUUACCUGUAGAGCUUCAAAAAGACAUCUUACUGCGACGUCUUGAGAGACUGGACAAAUAAGAGACUGGCAUUUUGGUAAACAUAGCCAUAUAUCUAAAUAAUACGGUGAAGUCUUGACUUAGUGACAUAGAACAAAAUGGGAAAACUCAUCAUAUCAUAUAACCGAUUUUAGAUUUUUUUAAAUUAAGAGGGACAGUGGCCUAACAUUACAUUAUUACAAAAUAUGAUGUGCACUGGCUUAAAAUUAGUUUAUAAGACUGUGUUGUGGAUCCGUCUACAUAAUUGCUUUGUUAGUGCCUUUAAUCUAUAGAAUUAUUUCUGCACUUAGUGAGACUAAAUGUCUGCAGUGUCUUAGACUCUCUUUCUUGUAUACAUUUAUCUUAACAUAUCUAUGUACUGAAGUUUUUGUGCUGGUAAAAUGUAUUUACAGUUAAACAAUGUCUUUAUAGUAUUGUUACUCUCAUUUUCAUAGUGGUUAGCAUUUGGACUUCAAAUUGUAAAUAAAGACUUUAUGGGUAAAUCAA